CCCUGGCGCCAGGCACGUCCAACAAGGAUGAUACGAAGCUGAAAGACUUGGAAGCCUCGAUCCCCAGGAGGGAUUUCGCCGGGACGUUUGCCUUCUUGUAAAUACUGGUGACCAGUAUCUUUUAUGCGGGUAUCUCAAGACAGUAUCACUCCUUCCAAAAUUCUUCCUCCAGAGCCGCUCCCGUCUUUCAGAUAUCCUCUGCGAAUCAGAGUGACCAACAUGGCCGACCCUCUCAGUAUCGCUGGCUCGGUUGCUGGAUUAUUGGCCACCGCGGUCAAAGUAUACAACACCACCUACAAUUUCGUCUCCAGCGCCAUCGAUGCCCCCGAGUCCGCGAUGCAAAUGUUUCAACUAAUUGAAGAGACGAAGAUAACUCUGUCUUCUGUCCACAAGCUGCUUCAUUCCAUCGACAGCUUCCCCAGUUCCCGCAAGAACAUGAUUCAGCUCGAUCACCUUUCCAUCGUCAUCACGCAUUCAGUGCUGACCCUUUCAAAACUCGAAUCCAUCGUCUGCCAGCAGGAUGGGCUGCGGUCCCGGAUGAAAUGGGCGCUGUGGCACGAAAAGAAGAUCCUGGCUCUUCUUCCCCUAUUGGAGUCUCAGAAGUCAACAUUGGCUGUAAUGGUCACAAUCCUAAACAGCGAGACCCAAGAAGAAGCGAUUCGCUCUCAAGCCACUAUGUUGGCCAAAGUGGACGAAAUUCUCGAGCAAAACCGAACAUUGGCCGAAAAUUUGAAGCUGCUUGACAGCGAAGCAUCGUGGGACACAAGGUCUGUCAAGUUCAUGGACGAUGCGUCCUCAAUAAUGAGUAGACCUGGAUCUACACAAAGUGUUAUCUGCGGAUCCCCUUCAUCCGUCUUUCGGAGGCCACAACCUUUGGACGGAUCACCGAUCACGACGCUAUCAAGAAGGAAUUUCGAGCUCGACCUGGGCCAAUCGAGGGUUUAUAAACGGACCCAAGACCGCGAAACAGACAGAUCCUCAUUCACAACAUCCAACGCCCCCACGAGUGCUUGGAGUAUGCUCUCAGGUCUCAGCAUCAGCAACAUUUCCAUUCUGUCGGCGUUUAGAUUGCCAAUCACUCUCAAGGAGAUGAACAAGAUUGCACCAGGGUCAAUAUUUUCAAAUCUUUUGAUGGAGCAGCAAUCCAUGGAAGACCGGACUGGCCCCAGACCAUUGGCACGUAGCGACUCCCUGUCUCGAGCCGUCAUCAGGGGGAAAAGACUGGCGGGGACAUUUGCUUCCAAAUUUGAUCAGUCUGAUGACGUCGCGUACAGAAAGCUCGAAAUUCAAUAUGAAGGGUGGACAACUGUCACUGUUGUCAUAGUAGGAGACUCUAAAUCGCUUAAGAGUGAGAUGAUUGAUACUUUUGUCAACCAAACAUGGUUGAUGUCAUCAUCCGAAAAAGAUGUACACAUCCCAAAUCGUGCUCACUAUUCUCGGCAUGCAGUACGUGUGCGUGGUAAAUUACUGGGUCUUGACUUGCGUGACACGACAGGACUAGAAGGUGAUCGCUCUCUCACGCAAGAGUUAUACAAAUAUGCGGACGCAUUCUUGAUUCUCGUAAGCAAGGAGAACGUGGUGCGGGUCGAAAUCCAAGACUUAGUGAACGAAGUCUCCGGAGCGCGACCGGAUGCCCCUUGUUUUCUGGUCGUGACGUAUCACGGUCAUGAGCUCUUGGAAGGCGUCCCUGGAUUGAAACGCAUAGGCGGCGUCGCAAGAUCCUUCCUUGAUUCAAGAGUAAAAUUAUUGUCCUGUGCUGUGAAUCUCCCAGGGAGCGUUGCAAAAGUGCUCGCACAGGCCAUUGUAGCUGCGAAUCGUAGGGGUCUUAGGAGCUUGCUCGAAGUCCCCAACUCGCCUCAACUGUCCAAGGUUACUAUCAAGGAAGUAGAAUUCACAGGUAUAGAAUUAUCUAUUCAGUAAUAAUAUCCUUUAGUAUUGAAAGAGACAAAAGAAUCAAAUCAUAGCACAAUCGGUUGAAUAUGGAUUGUGUAAAGCUUGUACUACCAUUGAAGAAGAGCCUCAUAGAAUCGAGAUACCAGACCUCAUUGAGAUAUUUGAAUUAGGUGGCUUCCACCGAAGGCUGUCGAUAAUAGAGGAUUUUUCAAAUCAUAUUCCCGCUUUUGAUUUGCGCUGUUUGCUUUCUUCCAAAACUCCACUUUCACUGGAAAGGCUAUCCAUCUCAACGUCAAACUGUGAGUAUCUGCUACGCGGCCCUCGAGAAAUACUGGGGUGUGUGCUUUCCUUCACUCUCGACCCUUCCGAGGCAAUGAGUCUCGGUGCCAUUCCCCGAAAGAAUCUGCGC